AGCUGACAACAAUGGUGCCACCAUCAGAAGCCCAGAUGGUGCAGUCGCUGGGCUUUGCUAUCUACCGUGCACUGGACUGGGGGCUGGACGAGAGUGAGGAGCGUGAGCUCAGCCCGCAACUGGAGCGUCUCAUUGACCUCAUGGCCAGCAGUGACCAUGAUGACAGUGGCUGCGGAGUGGCUGACGAGGGCUAUGGGGGCCCUGAGGAGGAGGAGGAGACUGAGAGCAGCCCCCGCGCUGUACGCACCUUCACCCAGGCCAUGCAGCUGUGUGCAGCGCGCCUGACCGACCCUCGGGGCGCACAGGCCCACUACCAGGCAGUGUGCCGUGCGCUCUUUGUAGAGACACUGGAACUUCGGGCCUUCCUUGCCAGGGUCCGGGAAGCCAAGGAGAUGCUGCAGAAGCUCCGGGAGGAUGAGCCCCAGGUGGAGAAGCCCCAGGCAGAGCUCGACAAGCUGGGCCACACGGACUGGGCCCGGCUGUGGGUCCAGCUCAUGCGAGAACUCCGCCAUGGGGUAAAGCUCAGGAAGGUGCAGGAGCACGAGUUCAACCCUCUUCCCACUGAGUUCCAGCUCACACCCUUCGAGAUGCUGAUGCAGGACAUCCGGGCCCGGAACUACAAGCUGCGCAAGGUCAUGGUGGACGGGGACAUCCCCCCUAGGGUGAAGAAGGAUGCACACGAGCUCAUCCUGGACUUCAUCCGCUCUCGACCUCCACUGAAGCAGGUCUCAGAGAGACAGCUUCGCCCAUUACCACAGAAGCAGAGGACUCUGCAUGAGAAGAUCCUGGAAGAAAUCAGGCAGCAGCGGAGGCUGCGGCCAGUGGGCAGCGAGGGCUGGGCUGCUCGAGGGUUUGGCUCUCUGCCCUGCAUACUUGAUGCCUGCUCCGGAGAUGCCAGGUCCACCUCCUGCAUCAACCUGUCUGUCCCAGAUGCUGGGAGCAGCACCCAGCGCCCAAGGCCGCGGGUGCUGCUCAAGGCGCCCACCUUGGCCGAGAUGGAAGAAAUGAACACAUCUGAGGAAGAAGAGUCUCCGUGUGGAGAGGUGACACUGAAGCGAGACCGCUCUUUCUCGGAGCAUGACCUGGCCCAGCUUCGGAGUGAGGUGGCCUCUGGCUUGCAGCCGGCCACCCAGCCCCCAGGAGAGACAGAGCCACGGCUCCGAGCAGACAGUGUGCACACAUGGAGGCCAAGCACCCAAGACCAAGGUUCUUGUCCUGGGAGUGUCCAGUCCAGACCUGGUCCCAGCUGCCCUCCAGUCAGUAACCUGGGCUCCAUGGAGGACAGAGCAGAGACAUCUGUGGUCCCAGAAACCAAACACCUAUGGCUGGAGUUCAGCCAUCCUGUGGAGAGCCUCGCCCUGACCGUGGAGGAGGUGAUGGACGUGCGCCGUGUGCUGGUGAAGGCUGAGAUGGAGAAAUUUCUUCAGAACAAGGAGCUCUUCACUGGUCUUAAGAAGGGGAAGAUCUGCUGCUGCUGCCGGACCAAGUUCCCACUGUUCUCGUGGCCACCUACUUGUCUGUUUUGCAAAAGAUCCCUGAAGGGGCAACAGUGGCGAAGCGUGGAGGAGGAGUUCCCCCAUAUUUAUACCCACGGCUCUGUCCUCAAGGAUGUCUGCAGUGACUGCACCAGCUUUGUGGCUGAUGUGGUGUGCUCCAGCCGCAAAAGCGUGGAUGUCCUCAACACCACACCACAACGCAGCCGCCAGACUCAGUCCCUCUAUAUCCCUAACACUAGGACUCUUGAUUUCAAGUGAAGGCACAGGUGGCCAGCUGUGCUUUUAUUUAAGAGAAACCCACAGGGUGCCUCACAACAGAGGAAGAGGGAUGCCACCUGAGGCUGAGAUGCUGGGGCACAGCU